GGCAACGAGCACUGCCGGGAGCCGCGGCGCCCGCGGGCUGAGCUCGGCGAUCUGUGCCCCAGCGAGGCGGUGGGGCGGGGCAGGGCGCGCAGCAGGAGCGAGCGGGGCCGCCCGCCGGGCCGCGGAGACUGUCGCCCGGCGCCCAGGUUCCCAACAAGGCUACGCAGAAGACCCCCCUUGACUGAAGCAAUGGAGGGGGGUCCAGCUGUCUGCUGCCAGGAUCCUCGGGCAGAGCUGGUAGAACGGGUGGCGGCCAUCGAUGUGACCCACUUGGAAGAGGCAGAUGGUGGCCCAGAGCCUACUAGAAACGGUGUGGACCCUCCGCCACGGGCCAGAGCUGCCUCUGUGAUCCCUGGCAGUACUUCAAGACUGCUCCCAGCCCGGCCUAGCCUCUCAGCCAGGAAGCUUUCCCUACAGGAGCGGCCAGCAGGAAGCUAUCUGGAGGCACGGGCUGGGCCUUAUGCCACAGGGCCUGCCAGCCACAUCUCCCCCCGGGCCUGGCGGAGGCCCACCAUCGAGUCCCACCACGUGGCCAUCUCAGAUGCAGAGGACUGCGUGCAGCUGAACCAGUACAAGCUGCAGACUGAGAUUGGCAAGGGUGCCUAUGGUGUGGUGAGGCUGGCCUACAACGAAAGUGAAGACAGACACUAUGCAAUGAAAGUCCUUUCCAAAAAGAAGUUACUGAAGCAGUAUGGCUUUCCACGUCGCCCUCCCCCAAGAGGGUCCCAGGCUGCCCAGGGAGGACCAGCCAAGCAGCUGCUGCCCCUGGAGCGGGUGUACCAGGAGAUUGCCAUCCUGAAGAAGCUGGACCACGUGAAUGUGGUCAAACUGAUCGAGGUCCUGGAUGACCCAGCUGAGGACAACCUCUAUUUGGUGUUUGACCUCCUGAGAAAGGGGCCCGUCAUGGAAGUGCCCUGUGACAAGCCCUUCUCGGAGGAGCAAGCUCGCCUCUACCUGCGGGACGUCAUCCUGGGCCUGGAGUACUUGCACUGCCAGAAGAUUGUCCACAGGGACAUCAAGCCAUCCAACCUGCUCCUGGGGGAUGAUGGACACGUGAAGAUCGCCGACUUUGGCGUCAGCAACCAGUUUGAGGGGAACGACGCUCAGCUGUCCAGCACGGCGGGAACCCCAGCAUUCAUGGCCCCCGAGGCCAUUUCUGAUUCCGGCCAGAGCUUCAGUGGGAAGGCCUUGGAUGUGUGGGCCACUGGUGUCACGUUGUACUGCUUUGUGUAUGGGAAGUGCCCAUUCAUCGACGAUUUCAUCCUGGCCCUCCACAGGAAGAUCAAGAAUGAGCCCGUGGUGUUUCCUGAGGAGCCAGAAAUCAGCGAGGAGCUCAAGGACCUAAUCCUGAAGAUGCUAGACAAGAAUCCCGAGACAAGAAUUGGGGUGCCAGACAUCAAGUUGCACCCUUGGGUGACCAAGCACGGGGAGGAGCCCCUUCCUUCGGAGGAGGAGCACUGCAGCGUGGUGGAGGUGACAGAGGAGGAGGUGAAGAACUCGGUCAGGCUCAUCCCCAGCUGGACCACGGUGAUCCUGGUGAAGUCCAUGCUGAGGAAGCGUUCCUUUGGGAACCCGUUUGAGCCCCAAGCACGGAGGGAAGAGCGAUCCAUGUCUGCUCCAGGAAACCUACUGGUGAAAGAAGGGUGUGGUGAAGGGGGCAAGAGCCCAGAGCUCCCCGGCGUCCAGGAAGACGAGGCUGCAUCCUGAGCCCCUGCAUGCACCCAGGGCCACCCGGCAGCACACUCAUCCCGCGCCUCCAGAGGCCCACCGCCCUCAUGCAACAACCGCCCCCGCGGGCAGGGGACUGGGGACUGCAGCCCCUCUCCCGCCCCUCCCCCAUCGUGCUGCAUGACCUCCACGCACGCACGUCCAGGGACAGACUGGAAUGUAUGUCAUUUGGGGUCUUGGGGGCAGGGCUCCCUCGAGGCCAUCCUCCUCUUCUUGGCCCUCCUUGGCCUGACCCAUUCUGUGGGGAAACCAGGUGCCCAUGGAGCCUCAGAAAUGCCACCCAGCUGGUUGGCAUGGCCCGGGGCAGGAGGCGGGGGCAGGAGACCAAGAUGGCAGGUGGAGGCCUGGCUUACCGCAACGGAAGAGACCUCCCGCUGGGGCUGGGAAGGCCUGGCUCAGCUGCCACAGGCAUAUGGUGGAGAGGGGGGUACCCUGCCCACCUUGGGGUGGUGGCAGCAGAGCUCUUGUCUACUCAGACACUGGUAUUGGGGCUCGGACCCCUCACUGGGGAGAGGGCCAGUGUUGGAGAAUUCUGAUUCCUUUUUUGUUGUCUUUUAGUUUUGUUUUUAACCUGGGGGUUCGGGGAGAGGCCCUGCUUGGGAACAUCUCACGAGCUUUCCUACAGCUUCUGUGAUUCCCAGCACAGCCCAUCAUUAUUUGGCAGCCAAGCGGAUGGAACUAACUUUCCUGGACUGUGUUUCACAUUUGGCGUUAUCUGGAAAGUGGACUGAACAGAAUCAAGCUCUGAGCAGAGGCCUGAAGCGGAAGCACCACAUCAUCCCUGCCCAUCUCCCUCCCUUGAUGGUGCCCCAGAGCUGAGGCUGGAGAAGAUGCCAGGGCUGACUUCGACCGAGGGCCAUGGACGCGACAGGCCUGUGGCCCUGCGCAUGCUGAAAUAACUGGAACCCAGCCUCUCCUCCUACACUGGCCUACCCAUCUGGCCCCAAGAGCUGCACUCACACUCCUACGACGAAGGACAAACUGUCCAGGUUGGAGGGAUCAUGAGACACAGAACCUGGAGGGGUGUGCACGCCGGCAGGUGGCCUCUGCGGCAAUUGCCUCACCCUGAGGACAUCAGCAGUCAGCCUGCUCAGAGCGGAGGUGCUGGAGCAUGUGCAGACACAGCUCUUCCGGAGCAGCCUUCACCUUCUCUCUGGGAUCAGUGUCUGGCUGGCCGGCGUGGCAUUUGCUGACCGAAUGCUCAUAGAGGUUGACCCCCACAGGGAAAUCACACAGGACUCGGACACUGCCCUGGAAACAUGGAUGGACAAGGGCUUUUGGCCACAGGUGUGGGUGUCCUGUUGGAGGAGGGCCUGUUUGGAGAAGGGAGGCUGGCUGGGGGAGAAACCCGGAUCCCGCUGCAUCUCCGCGCCUGUGGGUGCAUGUCGCGCCUCCACGCGUACACGCAUGUGCGUGCUCAUCUGCUGCACACAGCUCACUCGUAUGUCCUGCACUGGUACAUGCAUCUGUAAUACAGUUUCUACGUCUAUUUAAGGCCAGGAGCCGAAUGUGCCCCAUUGUCAAUGGGUCCACGUUUCUCCCCGGCUCCUCUGGGCUAAGGCAGUGUGGCCCAAGGCUUAAAAAGUUACUCGGUACUGUUUUUAAGAACACUUUUAUAGAGUUAGUGGAAGGCAAGUUAAGAGCCAAUCACUGAUCCCCAAGUGUUUCUUGAGCAUCUCUGAGCGUCUGGUUUGGGGGGACCACGUCGAUCGGACCCACCCUUGGAAAGCUCAGGGGUGGGCCCAGUUGGGAUGCUCACCCUGUCACUGAGGGUUUUGGUUGGCAUCAUUGUUUUUGAAUGUAGCACAAGCGAUGAGCAAACUCUAUAAGAGUGUUUUAAAAAUUAACUUCCCAGGAAGUGAGUUAAAAACAAUAAAAGCCCUUUCUUGAGUUAAAAAGAAAAAAAAAAA